GUUUUACCUAUAUAAGGAAGAGAUCCUCCUCCGGAGCUACCUAGGACCAACUGCCCCUUCGAGGCACAUUACAAUCACGCAUAUCGGAAAGAAAAGAAAACAUACUUUGCAAUAUCUAAUCAAUAAACCGUUGGAUAAGAGCCUGCAUUUACACCCCUGAACAAGGCCUGGCGACAAUGCCAUCCUUAGUUGAAGGUUUGCUAGCUUCUCAGUGCCGACAAUUGCAACCUACUCUACAAAGCGGAAACAAUGGAAAGCCUACCUCCCUCGCAUAGCUUUGCUGCAGGGUUGGAUGCCGGAUGGCGGGGGACAGAGGGAGAAGAGGUGGAAAAACUAUUGUGUGGUAAUGACUUGGUGGUAUCACGGAAGGUGGAAAACCAAAUGGGAGGGGUGGAAAUAUUCCUGCAGGAGAUGCUGCGACGGCGAGAUGUACUGAGGGGAACGAAUAGAAAACGCAAGCCUUCUUUAAGCACUGAGGAGACUGUUCUUAACCCAGUUGCUUCAUCGAAGCUGCGCAACUACCUCAUUACGCAAGUGAGUGAUGGCUCAGAUUCUAGCGGGGCAGACUCCCCUUCGGAGAGCAUUUCCAGCUCCGAUUCACAAACAUCUAUAUCCUCGCCAACAUUUCUAAGGGAAAGUCCAAUACCGAUACUGCCGGAAAAGUCUGUCCUCGACUUGAUACCCGAAUGCGUUCCUCACUUCUCGCAAAAGGUAUUGGAUGAGAUCACAAUGCCAAUGUCGGGCUGGAAUCCAUCGACAAUGACACUCCCCCCCCCACGGCCAGCCAAUCUAGAAAGCCCUACCGAUAGGGAGUUAUUACAGGCCUACCUUGAUAUUUCGGCAAAACGAUUAGCAGAUACCUCACCCUCAUAUGUGGAUCUAUUCAGAAAGUACAUACCUGCUAUGGCUUAUGAUUCAACGGGGUUGAUGGAGGGAAUAUUGGCCCUAGCAGCAAUUCAGAUAGGGCUGAUGAGAAAAGACCCCCGCAUAAUAGCAGUCGAUGCUGCUUCGCAUUACCAUAAAGCGUUAAAGGCGCACUUUAGGGCUGUUGCAGACCCUAACUGUAGAUCAAGAGACUCACUCCUCGCUACAAGUAUAAUAUUAGGUCAUUACGAGAUCUGGAAUGGGGAAAAUGUGAAAAUGGGCGUUCACAUGUUGGGAGGAAGGGACAUAAUACUGGCUAGAGGCAAAGCAGCCCACAUGACGCCAGUGGGGAGAGCCCUUUAUGCUGCCUUCAAUAGAAUGGAUGUAGCCACCUCGAGUAUUAGCGGAAACCCAACAUUUAUGACAAAGGAUUGGUGGACUGUUGACCCAUUCACUCGCGUUCCAAUUUCAACCGAUUCCCCAACCCUUCUGGUAGCUGACGCCGCCCUCUCGAAGCUCUGUGUGCUCUGCUGUAAGCUUACCUAUCUUAAAGCUUGGUCGCUGAAGCGUAGGAGGACCCUCUGGGUUAAAUCCAAUGGCAACCCCUCCCUAAAGCAAAAGGAAUCACUCCAAGAAACCAUUGAAGAUCGAGUAUUAAAAUUAGAAGAAGAGCUUGAUAUAUGGUAUGCCGAGCUUCCCUCUUGGUUUUCUGCCCUUGACACCGAUCCCCCGGACUACAAUCCUAAAGGCGAAGACAUCAACACAACUUCAAUCGCUUCGAUUACCGUGGGAAGCUAUCAGCAUAUAUCUAUAGCCAUGGUCCAUGGUUGGGCAAUCGGCGUCAGGCUUCAGUUAAACCGGAUAAGCAACCCUGACAUGCCAGUUGUUCCACCUCGCCUAGGCUCUUUGUGCCACACGCUCCUCCGUAUAUUUGCUUGUUUACCGAGCUCAAGUGAUGCAUGCAUUGUGGCCCCAUUAUUUGCAGCCGGCAUGGAAUUACGCCAAAAGUGUCACCAAGAAUGGUUGUUAAAUGCUCUGCAAGAGCGGAUAGAUGAGAUUGGGUUCCAUGGUUUAAUAUUCCUGCGGGAAGGAUUGCGUUUUACCUGGUCCAAGUUGGAGGGCAUGAACAAAGGCCGAUUCAACCGGAUAAAAGAAGGGGCCGCAUCAAAGAUCGAUGGAGUUUCGGAAAAUCUUUGGGCAGCUGAAGGGAUGCUAGGGACAUUCGAGAAGCUAGCACUUUACGAUUCACCAGACAUGGUGGGAAAAAGAAAAAAUUUCCAAGGGGAUAUUGAUACGUCCAAUCUCCCGGAGGAUGUCGUUCCAUAUGAAGCUCCUAAAGCAGACCCUAUAGUCAUAGUCAUCGAUAGCGCUAGCUCGAGUCCCGUUGCUGCACCGAAACGUCUAAGAUCCGACUCACCGGAAAUAAUAUUAGUGAGAAGAAAUGGCCGUGCUGUGUGA